AUGGUGUCUUCAUCGUCGUUCUUUCAGUUCCUUCUGGUUGCGCUGACCUGCGUUGGCCUUGGUCGCGCGUAUGUUAGUCCUGGCGUUGUCACCGGUAGCACGGGUACGCAUGACCCUACAAUUUGUAAAGACAAAGAUGGAACGUAUUUCUUGUUUGCGACCGCCGUCGGUAUCUCGAUCACGACAUCCACAGACAGGACUGCAUUCACUUAUCAAGGACUGGUAUGGCCUGAUGGCGCGAGCUGGACCGAUGAGUACACACUCACUUCUAACGGAAAUUUGUGGGCCCCGGAGUGCUACUAUGACGGAAGUCAGUUCUGGUUGUAUUAUGCCGCGUCAAGCUUCGGAUCACAGAAUUCUGCUAUCUUCCUGGCAACAUCUUCGACUGGUGCUCCUGGGUCCUGGACUAACAAGGGUUUGAUAACAUCCACGUCUACGGGCGACAGCUAUAAUGCGAUUGAUCCUAAUCUGUAUAUCGACGGAAGCACCUGGUAUCUCAGUCUUGGCAGUUUUUGGACUGGAAUCAAGAUGAUCAAACUCAACUCUUCGACUGGUCUUUCUUCGGGAUCCUCUGUAACAUCGCUGGCUCAACGCACAGAGGCAAGCGGUGCUAUCGAGGCCAGUAGCAUCUACAAAUACGGAAGUUACUACUACCUUUUCACUUCGUGGGACGUCUGCUGCUCAGGAACGUCGAGUACGUACAAUAUCCGAGUUGGGAGGUCAACAAGUAUCGAGGGAACGUACUAUGACGAGAGCGGGGUUUCCCUACUCAGUGGCGGAGGAACUUUGGUCUUGGAGAGCCAUGAUGCAAUCUAUGGUCCCGGCGGUCAAGAUAUCCUGGAAGAUGGAGAUGGUCCCAUCCUUGUCUACCACUACUAUACCUCGGCAGGAAGCUUCCUGGGUAUCAACAGGCUCGACUUUUCUACAGGCUGGCCGGUGGUGGCUUGA